AUGACAGCGAAUGCUAUUUUAUCGCGAAUACUCAACUCGCGGCUGCUUCGAUGGCUGUUGAGGGUCGCUGUGUUUUUCAUCAUAACGUAUCUCAGUAUAAUUAGCGCUGUAUUGUCGUUCAGUUCGUUUAGAUGGUAUAUUGUACCUUCACGCGGCUGGUCAGUGCCUGUGCAUCUGCAAUAUGGCGUGGGCAAGGUGCCUUUCGAUACAAUCAGCAUCCCAACGCAAAAGGUCUCUGCGGACCAGACCUAUGACAUCACACUCGAGAUGCACAUACCGAACAGCAUCAAUAAUCUCAAUCUGGGCAAUUUCAUGAUAACGCUUGAGCUAGAGAACACGUUCAGCAGCGAACUAGUUACUUCUAAACCAGCUCUGCUUACUUGGCAGCAUCCAAGCGUGAUAACAUCCAUCCUCUACAAGAAUACCCAAACAAUGAAGAUACCAUUAUCGACGCAAAUACUCAAACCAUCUACGCGCUCACUCCGCCAGAUGACCAUCACAGCAGCGACAGUGACAGUAGGCCGACAGGAUUGGAUUGGCACAGCUAAUAAUACCCUCCCACAAAAGGAGCUGCACGUCUAUGACGCUGCCCUUCUCUUUAAUAUCCGUCUAGCAGGCUUGAGCUGGCUACUCGUCGCUUUCCCAAUAAGUUCCUUCAUAAUUUUUACCGCUCUCUCCUUUGUCAGUAUCUGGUCAGUAGCUAUGCUAGUGUGGUGUGGCACGCGUCAGCCUAAACAGCUAGAAGAGAAAUUAGAAACACCACAAGACACAAUCGAAGAUGGGGAAGAAACAGCGCAACAAUCAAUAGACGAUGAAACACUGUCAGAAUCAGCCACGCUCGAUGGACAGUCAGCCGAUCCAGCCGAUUCAGCAGAGUCGGUCGAAUCAUUCGUUUCAUCGCCAUGGCACGCCUACGAUAGUAGUGAAUCGGAAGACUCCGUGGAAACGCCAACAGCAUCAACACCCGAAAGAAGCCUCACACCAUCCAACCUGCGUCAUCGAACAGGCAGAGAUUACCGGGCUUCGGACGAUGACAAUGAUGACACCAACGGUUGA